UGGUGACAGUAUGUAAAAAAAAAAAGUUUCUUAAUUUUCCAAAAAAUUAUGACAAAAAAAUUACAACUUCAAAAAACUUGCCAUGCCUCUUAUGAAAUACGUCGGACUGUCUACUUUGCAAAAAGGGGUCAUUUGGGGGAUAGCUGUACUGUUCUGACAUUCUUGGACCUCAAGAAAUUCGAUUGGCUGUCAUUACUUCAGGAUUGAUCAAUUUUCAGAUAUAUCCCAUAGUUUGUGAACUCUAUAACUUUCCUACAGACUAAAUAAAAAAAUAGUGAUUUGGGUUAUUUUCACUAAAGAAAUGUAG